AUGGCAAAACUGACUGAUGAUGCCAACUACGAUGCCGGUGAGACGUUUGAGAAUGUACCAAGUCGACUGGCUGAUGCUGGGAAUCAUGACAACUGCUAUGGCAGACGAUUUCGGUCUAGGUGCGUUCUACCAAGUCGCCCUGACAACAAGGCCAAGUUGCGACAACGAGGUCAACCCACUUUUAUCAAUCGAAAGGAGACUGCGACCAUACCAGAGGCCACAACAUCUUGGUCUUCAUAUCUUCAACCCCCUCGGUUUGUUGGUGAGACAAUGAGGCGAGAUCGGGACCGCCCAUUAGGACGGCAUAGCAACGGUCCUUUGACGCCUGAUGUCGUGAAUUUUUAUACCAAAUUACAACCAAUUCCCACCUUAAGCAGCCUGGGAUUUUUGGGGGUUGUUCAUUGUUCAGUUUCCCCUUAA